GCACGGAGGUCUCCCAUAGUGAGCGCUGAACAACCACAGGCGAACAUCUGAACAGUACCAAUUCAGUGCCCAAUGACAAACGGAGGAACAAGACUAGGUUGAACAUCGGUUCGUCUUUUGCUCGUCCAAGGGCUGAAAAGCCAAGCUGAGGCGGCAACUCAUCUUCUAGACAGGAUUGAAUUUUGGGCCUUUGGAAAAUGUCAAGAGAAAUCAUGUUACCUGUACUGCUUCUGGGGAUGAUAAGUACGGUGCUUGCUCAGACUGCAGGACCACUCUACCCAAUUGCUGGAACAAAUAGCUUGCGAUCAGAUGAUGGAAGUUCUCCUCAAAUUCCCCUGCAACGACCUUUUGUGUAUUUUGGCCAGUCGCACAAUCAGAUCUAUGUAAACCACAAUGGCCACCUGACCUUUGACACAUCAUGGAGUAGAUAUACACCUCAAAGGAUCCCAAUGCACGGGAGCAGAGAUCUAAUCGCUCCCUUCUGGACAGAUUUAGACAACAGAAGGCAGGGUCAGAUCUCCUACCAUCAAUACACCAGCGGCACAGUGCUCCAACAAGCCACACAGGACAUUAAUAGCUACUUCCCAGGGUUACACUUCAGCGCCAACUGGGUCUUUGUUGCAACAUGGUCUAAUCUGCUCUACUUUCCAAACACUGGAACAGGAUCAACGGUCCAAGCAGUCUUGAUCUCUGGAAGUAGCUACUCAUUUGUGCUAAUGAACUAUGGGAUAAUAGCAUCAACAACACGCCAAGCACAGGCUGGAUAUGACACAAUCAACUCUACUCAUCAUUUCUCCAUCCCUGGAUCCUUCUCUAACAAUAGAUUGAACAGUAAUUACUUAGAUUUCAGCCAGAACAGCAACGUCAAUGUAGCCGGUCGCUGGGCUUUCCGGACAGACCAUGGAUCGCGCGGCUGCACUUUUAAUGGUCAAACCGUGCAGCAGGGUGACUCGUUCUGGAGCGACAGAUCCUGUGCUCAGAAAUGCACGUGCACCCCGACAGGCCUGCAGUGUCACAGCCAGCCCUGCUCAUUUUCCCAAGUCUGCAGACCCACUGCCUUUCAGUUCUCCUGCCAGACAGUGCGGAAAGGCAGGUGCACCAUCAGCGGUGAUCCACAUUACUAUACCUUCGAUAACAAAGUGUUUCACUUCCAGGGCACCUGCACUUAUGUUCUCUCUGAGCAAUGUGGUCGUGGGUUGCCCUACUAUAGAGUAGAGGGCAAGAACGAGCACAGAGGCAGCACUCGAGUCGCUUGGACACGACUGGUCAAAGUGCAUGUCUAUAAUGAUACAAUCGAGCUGGUCAAAGGACGUCGUGGUAUGGCUAAGGUUAAUGGAAACUUUGCAGCCACUCCGAUCUCCCUUUCCAAUGGCACUGUCCAGGUGUAUGAGUCAGGUUUCUCUGUGAUCAUCAGCACUGUCUUUGGCUUGGAGGUGUCCUAUGACACAAAUAGUUAUGUUAGGAUUCGUUUACCCUACACUUACCAGAAUGCAACAUGUGGCCUGUGUGGAAACUUCAACAAUCGUCCCGAGGAUGACUUCCGAACCCGCCAAGGCGAGCUUGUGAGCUCCGAUGUGGUUUUUGCGAACAGUUGGAAAGCAUCAGCAGACGAUGAGCCUGCUUGUGGGUCCCGAUGUGGAGGCUUGGACUGCGCUAGGUGCACUGCGGCUCAGACAGCUUUAUACAGCAAUCCUGCUCAUUGUGGUAUCCUCACGAGCACUUCUGGACCUUUUGCUGCUUGCCAUCAACAACUUCACCCACAGAACUAUCUGGAAAGCUGUGUGCAGGAUUUGUGUAUAGGAGGAGGCUACCAACCCAUUCUGUGCCAAGCCCUCAAUGUGUAUGCAAGUCAGUGUCAGCAGAAUCGCGUACAGCUGCCAAGCUGGAGGAGACAAGGCUUCUGUGAAAUCCCCUGCCCGUCCAACAGCCACUUUGUGUCCCAGGGCACAGGAUGUCCAGAUACCUGUGUCAAUCCCAAUUCUACCCAGAACUGCCCUCUCCCUGUCCAGGAGAGCUGCACCUGCAAUGCUGGCUACAUCCUGAGUGCUGGGGUCUGUGUCCCUCAUGCUCAGUGUGGCUGCAGCUUUGAGGGCCGAUACUACCGCUCUGGUGAAUUUGUGAUCCUGGACGAGGACUGUGGGAGACAAUGCAGGUGCAGCUAUGGCUCCAUGACUUGCCAAUCCCAUGGUUGUGGUCCCUUAGAGUCUUGCAGGGUGGAGGAGGGAGAAAGAGGAUGCACACCUGACAGCUAUGGCACAUGCUGGACAAGGGGCCCAGGGUCUUAUCAGACGUUCGAUGGAUUGACGUACCAGUACCCUGGGGCAUGCCGACUGACCCUUGCCAAAGUAAUGGGAUUGUCUAGUCACCCACAUUUUGCGGUGACUGCAGAAAAAUUACCCAGAGGACAACAGGGUUUUGCCAGGGUGCUAAAGUUUGAGGCAGAGGGCACACAAGUAUCCAUUGAAAUGACAGGUAGCAGCAAAGUUCUGGUUGAUGGUCAGCAGAUCAGACUCCCUUACAGCUCAGCUUCCAACAGAAUCCAAAUCUACCACAGCAGCAUUCACAGUAUCAUCAUCCGCACUGCCUUUGGUGUGACUGUGCAAACAGUCUGGCCUCAUUUGGUGCUUGUCACUGCACCUGGUAUCUACAAUGGUUCACUUGGUGGACUCUGUGGUAAUUUCAAUGGUCACCAACAUGACGAGUUCCGCACACCAAAUGGCGUCCAGGUCGACACCUCUCAGGACUUUGGGGACAGUUGGAGAGACGGCUCCCUGGCUGCACACUGUGUGGAAAGCAAUCACAACAACUCCAUAACCAAUUCUUCGGUUUCUCGUUGUAGCAUUCUUCACUCACCACAUGGGCCAUUUGCCCAGUGUUGGGCCAUGGUGGACCCACUGCAGCAUGUUGAUGCAUGUGUGGAGAUCACAAGAGCCUCUAUAGAUCCAGCAGCAGCCCUAUGUGAGUUCCUACGGGAUUAUGCAAUAAUGUGUCAACAAAAGGGCGUGGCCCUAGGAAACUGGAGGAUAUCCACUCACUGUGCGCAAAACUGCCCUCCAAACAGCCAUUAUGAACUCUGUGACAGCUCUUGUCCUUCCGCCUGCCCCAGCCUCUCUUUCCCUUUUGCCUGUGACACUGUGUGCCAGGAGGGUUGCCAGUGCAAUGAUGGUCUCGUCCUAAAUGGCAACCAGUGCGUGCCACCAACAUCCUGCGGAUGCUAUCACGAAGGACGCUACCGACAAGGUGGCGAACGGUUCUGGGACAGUGAAGAAUGUCAGAGCUUGUGUGUCUGUAAUGGCACUACUGGGGCAGUCCAAUGUGCCCCCAACUCCUGUAGUCCUGAGGAGUCCUGUCGGGUGGUGGAGGGGGAAUUUGGAUGCCAUCCUAACCCUCAUGGCACUUGCUAUGCCUCUGGUGACCCUCACUACCUCACAUUCGAUGGAAAGGCCUUUGACUUCCAGGGAACGUGCCGCUAUGUUCUGGCCAAGCCUUGUAAUGAAACUGAAGAGCUCCACCAAUUUUCAGUGGAGGCGAGGAAUGAGCCUUGGAGAGGGUUGCAAGUUUCAAUCACAGCUGAAGUAUUUGUGAAUGUGUGGGGCUAUCGGGUGCAAAUGGCAAGUGGAAGCCAAGGUGUGGUACAGGUGAAUGGAGUGACUAAAAACCUACCUAUUCUCUUGAAUAAUAGUCAUGUAUCUAUCUAUGCAAGUGGAUCUCGCACAUUUCUCAGUGCUGAUUUUGGCCUGAGUGUCAUGUACGAUGGACGGUAUACAGUGUCUAUCUCUGUACCGCCAAGUUAUAGAGGGAAAACAUGUGGACUUUGUGGAAACUUCAAUGGAAAUCCAAAUGAUGAGUUUCACACCCCAUCUGGGAUGACGGUCAAUACUCCACAAGCAUUCGGGGCAAGUUGGAAAGUAACAGGGAACUACACCUGCACUGAUGGGUGUGGUUCUUCUUGCCCACGAUGUGCCAAUCAGAGACCAGCAAGAUCCCAAUGUGAGCUUAUUCGAGCAGCUGACGGCCCUCUCAGCUUCUGCCAUGAGCAAGUGGACCCAGUACCAUAUUUCAAUGACUGUGUGUUUGAUGUUUGUAUCUCGGGAAAUCGAGGCCGAGAGCUUCUUUGUAGGGCAGUUGAAACAUACGUCAGUGCCUGUCAGUCUGCUAAUGUUCGGAUCUACUCUUGGAGAGACAACACCACUUGCACACUCGACUGUCCCGCCAACACCCAUUAUGAGCUGUGUGGUACCGACUGUGGCCACACCUGUGCCAGGAACAUUGAUGCCACCUGUGAGCAGGUUUGCUCCGAGGGCUGUUUCUGUGAUGAAGGUUUUGUCAGGAGUGGGACAAGAUGCGUACCUGUGGAAAGCUGUGGCUGUCAAUACAAUGGCUUCUACUACAAUGCUGAUGAGUCCUUCUGGACAGAGGGUUGCUCCCAGCGAUGUGAAUGCCAUGCUCCCAAUGACCUGCGCUGCUCAGCUGUAUCUUGCACCCCAACACAAGACUGCACCAUCAGACAUGGAGAGCUGGGCUGCUUUGAUGCAAUGUCUACUUGCACUGUGUGGGGGGACCCUCACUACAGGACCUUUGAUGGGGCACUGGCUCAUUUCCAGGGCACAUGCUCUUACAUCGUUACUGAGAGUGUGAGCGACAGGACCGAUGACACAGGGUUUCAGGUCGUAGCCACCAACAAUCACAGAGGGAACAACCAUGUGUCGUUUGUGUCUGAGGUGGAUAUCUACCUCACAAAUCAACCAGAGAGUGUGAAUAUCACGAUUGGACCCAGCAAAAGAGUUAAGAUAAAUGGAAUUGAGGUGACUCUUCCCAGCACUGCAGGCACCUUAGCUCAUAUACAAAGGCAGGGACACUUCAUAGAGGUCAAUGCAAUGGACUUGACUGUCCAGUUUGAUGGCAGGAGUACUUUGUUGGUGAGAGUCAACAACAACCAUGAGAGCAGAGUCACUGGGAUGUGCGGAAAUCUCAACAGUGACUCUUCAGAUGACAAAGUCUUACCCAAUGGCACACCGGCACAAAAUGACAAUACAUUUGGACAAAGCUGGAAGUCUCCCAAAAGCCAACCAGGAUGUGGAUCCACCGAUCGAGGAACAGGGGGUGGAGAUGGAUUGAACAACUGUAUCUUUAGGGGAGAAUACUCUGAGCUCUGUAGUGUCAUCACCAACACUAGCGGGCCAUUCAGUGCCUGUCACCUGCACUCUGACCCUCAGCCGUUUUACACUUCCUGUGUCUAUGAUCUCUGCCUCUACACUCCAGCCAAUGGCAUGCUGUGUUCUGCAAUCGCAGCCUAUGAGAGAACCUGCUCAGUUUUGGAGUUAAACAUCCCUGAAUGGCGCUCUGCUUUGCAUUGUGCUGAGUCAGACCCCUGUGAAAAUCUGGACUGCGCAGAGCAUGAGUGGUGUGGUGAGAAGGAUGGUGUGUACGGCUGCUUUUGUGAUGAACACCACCAUCGGGCCAACAAUGAGAGCUACGACUCGUCCAUCAUUUGUGAAAGUAGUUCAGGCACCAUGUCCGUCUCGCGCUGCCAGCUGUUCGAAGCCGGCUUCCACUCCGGCGCCCUCCACCUGCAAGACCACUCCUGCGCCGGGACUCUGGAAGACGGACGACUGGUUUUUAACUUCAACAAUAACAACCACCUGUGUGGGACAGCUCUGAAGAGCAACGGAACCCAUUUCAUGUAUGAGAACACCAUCCAGGGCGACGUGGACCCUCAUCAAGGUCUAAUCAGUCGCCAGAGGAACAUUCAUUUGCUAUUCUGCUGUGUUUACCCUCUGAACCAAGCUCUGUCUAUGGAUGUGGGUAUCAACCCUGUAGAGAGCAUUGUGUCGAAAAAACUUCCUGCAGGCCAUGGACAGUAUCGUAUGAGAAUGAUCCCCUACCAGGACCCUGCCUUCCACUUCCCCCUGACCAGCAGCAGGAACAUAGAAAUGGAAAUCGACCAGAUUAUUUAUGUGGAGGUGCGGACAGAAGGCGUCGAUGGGAGCCAGAUCUCCACUGUUGUGGACAGUUGUUGGGCAACACCGGUCAACCUGGCCACCUACCCUAUCCGCUGGGAUCUCCUCAGCGCAGAGUGUCCUAAUCCCGCAGAUGGUACAGUAGAGCUGGUUCAGAAUGGCCUCUCCACUGUGUCCCGAUUCUCCUUCAGGAUGUUCACAUUUACCAACUUCUCAUCCCUUUACCUGCAUUGCCAGGUCCACCUGUGUCUUUUGAGACACAACAACUGCUCAGCUCACUGCUACCCUGGUCACCACAGGCGCGUUGAGAGGGACGUAACCUACCAUGAUACUGCAGACAUCUCACUAGGACCUCUAAUGAUGGCGCCACAUCGCCACGUUCGGACGGUGAAAGCGAGCAGUGCUUCCGGCCUGUUGACCUCACUGGUGACCUUGCUGUUGGGUUUGCUUAUAGCCAAAACUCUGACCUAAAUCAAUCAAAGAUGAUUCAUUCCUAUUCUAAAAUUACAACAAAUAUAGUCCCUGUAAAUUACUCCUUAUUGGUGUUCCUCUCUGAGGUUUAAAGUUGUGAUGGAUUUUCUUUAAAACAUUAGGGGGCAGCAUAAGAUCAAAUACACAUUUUGCCUUUUUUAAUUAGAUGAAUGUCUCCUUGUUACCUUUUUGAAUGAAGUAUACUGUUUAUCAGUUGUAUCCUCUGGGCUUUUGCAAUAAAUCGUAUUAUGAUUAUGAUUACUAUGAUUAAAUAAACUUUUCAAUCCAUUAUAAUCAUGAUUAAAAAUGAUCAAUUAAGUCAUUUAUGUGUGAAAUGUGAAUCAUAUCGUAUACAUUGUUGACUCUGAAUAAAG